UUCCACUAAACUUGUCAACACGUGCUGAUUUGUGUUUACGAAAAGUUUACAGAUCGAGCAGUGUUUUUCUUUUUAUUUUUUUUUUUUUAGACUGGGUUUAUUGAAUUUUACCCUGAAAAAUAUGAGCGAUCCUGCAGAAUCAUUGCGUCUUAUAGUCCAAAAUGACGAUAGACUGGAGCUUUUGAACUAUUUGAACUGUUGUAAAGAAAGUAAAAUCUUCUCUCAAGAAGAUGAUGUUUGGCCCACCCUGAUUUCCAGCAUGAACAAAUUUAUAAAUGAUCGAUCAAAGCGUAUUUACGGAUUGAUCAUUUUGGAAAAGUUGCUGGACCAGUGCCCAAAGAGCUUCAUCAGUCCGAAUUUGAUAUUUUGGAUCGAUCAGUGUAUCAAGGGAAAUUUUCAAGUGGACGAUGAAUCAAUAAUGACGCUAUCAAUCAGUCUCUUAUCUCAACUUUUAACUAUGUCGGUGGGGUUUUCUGAUGUAAAAAAAGAAAUAACUUUGACAUUGCUGCCAAAAAUACUUGAUAGUUUUUUCAAGCAUGGCAAUCUGAAACAGGGAAACAAGUUUGAGAAAUUAAAAUGCUUGGAAGUAAUCCUCAAAUUAUAUGCCAAAUCUUGUGCUAAAUGGAAGGAAAAUAUUCAUCAGUAUAUUUUUGAACAUUUAGAGAGUGGUGAUGCUGAAGUGCAUCAUGCGGGGAUGUGUUAUCUUUAUCUAGCCCUUGCUGGGCCUCCGAGUACCCAAAACGUCAAGUAUACUGAAGCGUGGAAACAACAGACUUAUUAUAUAAUUUCUGCCCUUCACAGUAGGCUUAAUAUUUUGUUUGAAAAUAUAAAUGAAAUUCAGAGUCCCUACAAUGAUUAUCUAGUUGAAGUCGAUCUGAAGGACCUGGCUGAUAUUAAUUUGGAAAAGUCGUUGUUUACAAAAAUGCAAAGGGUGACUUCUCAGUUUAAAAACCUCGCGGAAUUUCUGUACAUAUUGUGCAGAGCCAAAAUUCCUUGUCAGACUCCUAUUCGAGUCGAAGCUAUACUCAGCAUUAUAUGCAGGGGCGCAGCAGUCAACGGUCAAACCUUAAAAGCGAACGUUUCUGCAGAUUCGAUCAAUUUGCUGACUCAAAUGCCUGUUAUACAUCAAGCAUGCAUACGUUUAGCCGAAGCAUUGAUAUUGAGUUUAAAUUUCAACGUAUUUCGAUACACAGUAAUACCAAAAGUUCUUUUACAAACCCUUUCCUGGACUCAAAGCUCAGAUUGGCCCAUUGGACAUCAGAAACCAUAUUCAAAACUUCGAAUAAGUGCUUAUAGAUGUUUAAGCUUAUGGAUGUCCACAACACACUCAAUUUACUCUAGAUCAGAUGUAGAACAAUAUAUUGAAGAUAUUAUACAUAACAUAAUUACUGAUAUUUCUUAUAAAAGAGAAACAGUAACCCUUAAUAUGGAAAUGGGAGGAAAAUCUAAAAGAAAAUCAAAAAAAUUUAAAGCUUCUUUAACCACAAAGGAGAAAUCUUCACCUUUCAUUGAAAAUCAUCUCGCCAACAGUGACAUCUGCCAUGCAGCCCUAGAAAUCAUUCAACCAUUUAUGGAAGGAGCUAAAUAUGAUAUUAAUGAAGAUCAUUUUUCAAAAUUGCUGGAAGUUAUUGUUGGUCUAUUGUCAUCUACAAGCUGUUCAGCCAAGGGUGAUAAAAUUUACCCCAUGCCAUACAGUGAUGAUAACUGCCGACUGGAACUUUAUCGCAGUCUUUUAGUCAUGACGUUAUACUGCAAACCUCAAUUUCCUUCACCCGUACUCUACGCCAGCAAACUAUUCCAAGAAGGCUAUCAUGACACCUGUCCUGAAAUCUCUAAAUUCUGCGCCUUUGCCAUUUUGAGUGUUAACAAUGUACUCUACCCGAACGUCCCAUUGGAAGGAUUUGUUAAGAAUGCCGACAAACUACAUAACUAUUUGCAGAGGUUCAAAAUUGAGAAAAAAAGAGAGACUAGAUAUGAUUCUGAGGAACUUGAGAGAGAUAACAACCUUGAUAUUAGCAAUAAAGAUAUAUCAAUUAUAAAUGAAUCGGCCAGUUUGACAUGUGAAGAUGAUUCUGUUCUGAACGAUCUUCCAAAUCAGUCUCUGUCGAGAAGCCCAGUUUUUAAAGAAACGGAUAAGGUCCGUGAAGCCAGCCCAGGAGAGAGCACGUCAAAACAGGCCGAGGAAAAUAACAGCACACCAUGCAAAGAAAGCACAACGGCUGAUAUUGAAACAACAGAUCUGUCAGACUUGCAUACCGGUAAAAGAACACCCGAUAGAAGCAACUCUAGGAACCAAAAUGCUAAAAGGAUUAAAUUUCAAAUUGUUGAGGAAAGAAUAGAUGAAGAGUCAGAAUCUGGAAAUGAUGCAGUUACAUCUGAAAAUGAAAUUAUUUCGACUGAAGUUAAAACCUCUGAAAAUGAAAUCGUUUCGACUGAAGUACCCACCUCUGAAAAUGAAUCCGUUUCAGAUCCUCUGGAAAGCGAAAUGUUAGAAAGUUUUGUUGAUGUCGUGUAAAUAUAAUAGUUUUGUUUUAUAAUUAAAAAUAUAAUAUGGACUAAAAAAGUA